AUGGUUGAAUUGCGCAAGUCUGCAAGAGUGGCUAAUAUCAAAAAGCAAACUACACUUACAACUCCAGCAACGAGUAACAAAAUCGUCAAGAAAACGAGCAAUGCAGCCAGCCAUAAGAAGGUAAAAAUUGUUGCUGAAACUGAGGAUAAGCCGUUGGUCGACGCUAAAGUAUUGGAAAUCGGGGACGAAAUUCCCGACUUAACGUUGGUAGAUCAAGAGGGAGAGCUUGUGUCGUUGACAGAGGUUGCUUCUAAUAAUAAAAUUCUUGUCAUCUUUGCCUACCCAAGAGCCUCAACGCCGGGAUGUACACGCCAGGCCUGUGGGUUCCGCGAUAAUUACGCAGAAUUGAAGAAACACGCUGCUGUGUACGGUUUGAGUGCAGACACUGUAGCCAGUCAAAAAAAAUUCCAAACUAAGCAGAAUUUACCUUACAAUUUGUUGAGUGAUCCUAAAAGAGAGUUUAUUGGAGUAUUAGGUGCAAAGAAGACUUCCCAGUCCGGAAUAAUCAGAUCUUAUUGGAUCUUUUUUAAUGGAAAACUAAGAAUAAAGAAAAUAAAAGUCUCUCCCGAGGCCAGCGUUGCAGAAAGUAAAGCAGAAGUUUUAGAGCUAGUGAAAGAGCUGUAG